AUGACCCAAAACUCUCAUUCAUCCAGUCAGCUAGACACAAUGGUGUCUGUCCGAUUGGACGGACUUAUCGAAUUCCUGCGAUGUCUCUCCCUUGAAGAUAGGGACACGUUGUCCAGGGGAUUGGGUAUUGACGCGCCUGAUGGUACCACUGAGACACCACUACCUGUUCCCCCCGUGGUCUCCGGUAAUUCACCUGCUGUUACUGUGACCAGUAUGGAAGUUCCCAUUCCUGCUCCCUCCACCCCUACCAUGGCUGCUCCUACUGUUCCUACUUCCCCGGCUCCUACUGCCGCCGCUCCCACAGGCCCUACCACCAUCUUGGUCGAGUUUGACGAAUACAAUGGCUCUGAUGACGAGGAUGUGGCCGCUGCGGCCGCAGCACUUGCAGAUGACUCCCUAUUGCAUUUUUACUGUGGAACAUACUUCAAUGUGCCCGCCGCCGAUGCCGAGCCACCCUUCUAUUGUAUCUCCAGAGGUCGACACAUCGGCGUCUUUUCAGGCUGGGAUGCUACUGGUCCGAAAGUGCUUGGUGUCUCCCACGGUAUCUUUCACAAGGUGGACAGUAUCGAGAAGGGUAUGAGCAUCAUGAGGAGCGCGAUAGACCGUGGUGAUGCCAUGCAGGUAUUGUAA